AUGGAGAAUUUCAGGAUCUCCAACUUCUCUUGCUUGUUUACAGCUCUAUUCAUUCUAUAUUCAGUGUCAUCAGGACAAUUGGCUCCAAGUGAAACCAGAAUUAUUUUCCAAGUUCAAAAACUCCUUGAAUAUCCUCAAGUUCUUCAAGGAUGGAAUAAUUGGACCAACUUUUGUUAUCUUCCUCUCUCACCUUCACUCAAAAUUGUUUGCUCAAAUGGUCAUGUAACUGAAUUAACCGUCGUCGGAAACAAAACCGGCUCCUCUGCAUCUCCCAACAGCCCAACACAAAAUACUUUGUCUGGCAACUUCUCUAUUGAUGCUUUCUUCACUGUUCUGACAAAGCUUUCAAAUUUGAAGGUGUUAUCGCUUGUGUCCUUGGGAUUGUGGGGUCCCUUACCUACCAAGAUCAACAGGUUUUGGUCUCUUCAAGUACUUAAUGUCAGUUCUAAUUUCAUUUAUGGCAAGAUUCCUCAAGAGAUUUUGUCGUUAAAUAAUCUCACUAGCCUUGUUCUGGCUGAUAAUUUGCUGAAUGGAACGGUUCCAGAUCUCGGAAGCUUAGUUCUACUUCAAGAGCUAAAUUUGGGUGGCAAUCAUAUUGGACCAACUUUUCCUUCUCUAGGUAGCAAUCUUGUUACCAUCAUACUGAAGUACAACUCCUUGAGAUCUGUUAUUCCUUCAGGAAUCAAGUUCAAUCAGCUUCAGCAGCUGGACAUCUCGUCCAAUAAACUCAUUGGACCAAUCCCACCUGCUCUGUUCUCUCUGCCUUCACUUCAUUAUCUUGAUUUAGCCCAUAAUCAAUUGAGCGGGGCGCUGCCAAUCAAUAUAUCUUGCAGUGUUAAGCUUGAAUUUGUGGACGUAUCUGACAACCUUUUGAUAGGAAAACUACCUUCCUGCAUCGCAACCAACUCUUCAACUCGGACAAUCAUUAGUUCAUGGAAUUGCUUGUCUGUUGCCCCAAUUAAAAGUGAGGAGCAGAAGUCUUCCACUAUCAAACUAGGAAUAGUACUUGGUAUUGUUGGAGGUGGCCUGGGGGUUGCUGGUGUUCUUGGAUUAUUGAUUUUAGUGAUUAUUAGAAGAUCAAAAACAACAACAGUUGAUGAUCAUGUAUAUAGCGUAUAUGAUGGAUCUGUUACCAGUAAAAGGUCUGUUGCCAUUAAAAGGCCUGUUCGCAGUGCCGUUGAUUCAAGGCGUGUGCCUCAGACAAUGAGGUCGGCAGCAAUAGGGCUUCCGCCUUAUCGUGUUUUCACAUUGGAGGAAGUGGAAGAUGCAACAAACAACUUUGAUCCAUCGCAUUUUAUAGGAGAAGGAUCCCAGGGACAGCUCUAUAAAGGUUGGCUUAUGGAUGGCUCAGUGGUCCUGGUGAAAUGUGUGAAAUUAAAGCAAAAGAAUUUGCCUCAAAGCAUGAUUCAGCAGAUUGAGGUACUAUCAAAGCUGAGGCAUCUGCAUUUGGUCAGCAUUCUCGGACACACCAUUGUCACAUAUCAGGAUCAUUCGAGCACAGGCAGCACUGUAUUUGUUGUCCUUGAACACAUCUCCAAUGGAUCUCUAAAAGAUUAUCUAGCUGAUGAGACAAAAAGGGAGGAGCUGAGAUGGCCACAGAGAAUGGCGAUUAUCAUUGGCGUUGCGAGGGGAAUCCAGUUCUUGCAUACUGGAGUUGCGCCUGGCAUUUUUGGGAAUAAUAUAAAGAUUGAGAAUGUUCUGUUGGAUGAUAGUCUUACUGCGAAACUCAGUGAUUACAACAUUCCCUUGUCAUCAAAGGCAGGAUCGGAGAGCCAUCUUUGUUUGGGUCCUCUUCCUCAAUGCAGUAGUGAAAAUGCAGAAAAAGAAGAUGUUUAUCAGCUAGGUGUCAUUUUACUUCAAGUCAUUACUGGUAAGCUUGUCACAUCCAACCGCGAAUUGGACGAGUUAAGGAUUCAGUUCGAAAAAGCCUUAGCAGAAGCGCCAUCAAAAUUACAGGCUAUAGUAGAUCCAUCUACACGGGGUACUUUUGCGUAUGAAUCCCUAAGAACUGCAGCUGAAAUGACCAUUAAUUGCCUAAACAAGGAAUCAAGAAAUCGGCCAUCAAUAGAAGAUGUCCUUUGGAAUUUGCAGUAUUCCAUUCAAAUUCAAGAUGGAUGGACCAGCAGUGGAAACCUUGGCGGUCCCCACACGUCUUCUUAUUAA